AUGGUUAAUGUCAAGCGUGGAAUUGUUAUUAAAUGUGAUCCUGCUAUGCGACAAUUUUUAAAACAUUUGAAUGAAACUAAAGCCUUUGGGAGAGCGUUUAUAAUUAAUGAACUUGAUGAAACCCGUCUAUUUGUAGAACGCGAUAUUAUACCCCAAAUUGAACAGCGUAUUGAUCAGCUUUUGGAUUCUUUAACACCUGAUAUGGCACAAUAA